GUAAGCCGUAUGUCGCACUGGUUGAGCGGCAUUUGGUCUGGCCUCAGGAGUUGUUUUCGCAAUUCUCGCGCGGCCGGCCCGGUCGCGAGCCGCGAAGGCUCCGUCUAAAAGUCGCCACUUUCCUGGCGUCGGUUCCUCCAUUUGCAUAUGAGCAUAUAGGUCGCCUCAAAUGACCGCAAACAAGCUGCCUUGAAGUGGGGGUAGCCCGAAUCCUAACGAAAUGCGGACCCGGCAAACAUGUCGACAUGCCCACCCACGCGCCAGGCUCUGGGUACUACCUGACGUGGGACGGCGCCCCUUCAACCAGUCCCACGCCCGGGCCGCGACUGGGGAUGCACAGCGCUUGUGCAGUGGGCGGCGGUGGGCGACGAACGGCACGGGUGGUUGCGUGCCGGCGGCUGCUGGCUGCCCACAGCCGCCUGCAUCGCUAUGCGCGGGCUCUGUGCCAGCUGGCCACGCCACGCCACCACCUCCACCUCCACGGCUCCACCGUCGGUGCCCUCCACACCUGCGUCACCCGCUAGAGCAUCUGGCAGCAGCAGAGCCAGUGUGGCCCGUAUUUCCGUUGGUGGCAGUGGCAGCUAGUGGCAGCGUUGGUAGUAGUGGUGGCUCCGGUGGCUCCGCAGGCGUUUUGCUCGGUCCCGCACCACUACCUGGACUUUUUAUGCUGCUGAUCAGCUUGGCUUGCACGAUGGCCAUGCAUGGCUGACAGUAGAUGGCAGCAAGGUUGGUUGGCAACUGCCGUGUGUAGACAAUCUUGAGCGUGUGACGGAUGGUAGAUGCAUGCAUACGUGCCUCUGGACUUGACAUUAGAAGGGGAGUUGGAAGUUCCAACACUUAGAACUCUUUGAAGAUUGAAGUUUACGUAGAUAGCGGUAGGUGGUGGCACCCCCAUGGGAGCAGGGCCUACGAGCCCAAGGCGUGUAGUAGAGCUGUCGCCGCUGCAGGUGGCACGGCCCUCAAUGGGCCCUGGGGCCUGGAACAGGGCUUCCGUACUA